AAUGCAAACUGUAGAUUACACAAAAUAAAAUUUAAUUUUUAUAUUUAUAUUGGUUUAAAAAAAUCAGCGGGCUAUUCAGGGACACCGGCGCGGCGGCGCCGUCCUGGUGGCCCGACGGGCUGCCGUACCGUGACGGCUAACGUUUUUUUAGAGCCUCGCAUCGCCGGGCAUCCUUGGGGUGAGCUGCGUUUUGUCCGGCCCCCAGCCCGGUAAAAAAAGGUAGAAAAAAACUAAAAACAAGCUUACAAAUAUUUACUAGACAAACGAUAGACAGCAAUUGAAGCGAUUUUGUUCUAAGUCAUUACUACAUUAGUACAAAAAAAAUGGAUCAAUCUUUAGUUACCAUGGCAACCAUGAGUAACAGUAGGCGGCGAAACAAAUAAGUGAGUUGUUUUUAAAGUCUUUGAGACAAUUUUUACUCAAAGUAAUCGAGGUUUAAAUUUUUAAAAUAUUAUUAAACUGAUUUACUGGAAAUGACUGAAAAUGUUGAACUGCAGACAUUUCGAACCUGUUAUGAGAGCCAGGAUGAGAUUGAAGAGUACCAUGAGAUCAAUGCAGUCGUUGAUACUCAAAACAUAGUGCAAAGUUCUAAAAAAGAAAUAACUAUAAACGAAUAUGAUUUUUUUACCGAAACUGUGAAAAUUAGCAUCAAAGGUGUAAAAAAGAAAAAAUCUAAGAAGAAAAAUGAUAAGGCUCAAAUAUUAGAUGUUGUGAAUGUGGAGAUGGCAUCCUUAACUGUUCCUGUUACUGAAAAUACUAUAAAGAUAGUGAGUUUUGAUGAAAUGCAGCUAAAUAGAGUAAUUAAGAAAAGUUCUCCUCUUUUUAGGAGAUUUUUAAGACGAUUUACUGUUGAUGCUGAGCACGGACGGGGCCAGAAAGCGGAAGUACUAAAAUUUACUCCGAUGUUUCCGAAAAUCUUGGAGAACGCCGUUACACCACCGAAAACUGAACCACUCGCUCAUUAUGUUAAUCCUGUUGUGUUUAAUGAUCUACUAUCAAGUUAUACUGGUCACGAAGAUAUUGUAACUGAAACUUUUCUAAACAUAACUUUAGAAAACCUUAAAUUUGAAAAUCACUAUCUUUUCUCACUUGAAAAUCUUUUAAGUACGAAAAUAACUGAACUUUUUGAGAGCUACGAAAUAAUUAAAAAGAAAUUGUAUAAUUUGGAUAGAGAGAUAAAAAUUAGUAGGGACACGAAAGAUAAUCUCAAAAAAGACUUAUUAUCAGCUAGCUCUAACAAUCAGAUGAAUGUAAGAUUUGAACCGACACUUAGAAAAUAUACAGAAAAGUUUUUUCAGUUUAAAAAACAAUACAAAGAGACUUUAUUAUUAGAAAAAGAGAUGUUUGAUAAACUAAUAACUUUGUGGAUCGAUAUUGAAUCAAUACGGGCGAAAUUGAAACGUAUUAAAACACCUGUAAUUUUAGUAUUGAAUGAGAAAAAUGAAAAUGAAUUAAAAGAAAAAUGGAUGGAAGUUUUCAAUCAGGAAUACUCAGAUUAUUUAGAUAAGAUUGAAUUUGAUUACGUAGGUAAAUACCUUCAGUAUAAAACAGCAAAGAGUACAGGGGAUGGCGUGGAAAUUCGGAAGCCAAAAUUGGAAAUUGAUGAAGAUUUAAUUAAGGCAGAGGUAGAGGGUUUUGUCAAUGAUGCAAUUGAAGGGAAAAGGUUUGAUUGUACUCUAGUGAUAGAUAAUGGCAUUGUGGGAAAAGGAAUGAAAUCAGUAGAUAAAAAACCUGAGGUGGGGACUGAACUCGUUUAUAUUUUCGAAAUUUACAUUGACGAUAUAUACGUUUGUGAGUCGGAACAAUAUCACACGAAAAGUUUUUCAGUAGAUUUUAAGGAAUCUUUCACCAUACAAAUUUUAAAACAUAAUCAGGCUUUAAAAAUAAUAUUGCUAGAGAACGACGAACGAUUUUCAGUUUUUAAACUAAAUUUGAAUGAAAUAAAAGCUUAUGCUACUGAAUCAACAAGAAUUAAAUUUAAAUAUGAUUGUGAUAUCAAACCUAAUAGCAGAUACAUAGGGAGCGGAAACAGCAUCAAAGAAAUAACCAAAGUUCAUGAUGUGAGGUUGAAAAGCGGUCAUUUAUUCGACAGAGAAGUUGUUAGUACAUGCACGGUCGGCUUGAGAAUAACGUCGAAAGAUCCAAACGUUGACAAUGAAGCUGAUGUGAUAAAAUCUUCAAUGGCCACAGGAAGGCAAAUACAAAGAUUGCUACACGGAAUAGACGAACCGAAUUUAAGUUUGUUACUUGAUUUGAUAAAUAAAGUAUACGAACAGGAUAUUGGUCAAGACGAAGCUAUGAUAAUGACACUAAAGCAAUUGUGCAAAGAAAGGGUGCCUUUAAAUAAUAACUUUGGAGUAGACCUCGACGCUGCAGAAUAUACAAGACUUAAGCUAUUGCGUUUGCGUAACGGAAGGGGCGCUGGCUCCCUGCGCGAUAUGGCGGUCCCCUUGCACGCCAGUCAGAUAACCACAGAACAGUUGGAAUACCUAAAUAAUUCCGACACUAAUGAUUUAGGCGUAGAGUAUUUUAGAAGCAAGCGGCCUGAUAUGGAUCCUAUAGAACUAAAACGGUACACGGGAGUCAAGUAUAUCGAACGACUUAACAGUGAUAUGCUCCGCGAAUUGAACGAGCGCUUGCUCAAGAAGACUUACAGGGAUGUGGUUAGGGAUUACAGCUACGGAGGCUGGAGAAGUUUCUUCUCAAUCAAUUCUCAAUGGACGUCUUUGCCUCCUUCUGGGACUGCGUCAACGCAACAGCUCCUCAGAGAGUCUAUAGGCCGAGAGCAGGACAUAUUAGUGACCGUCGUGAAGGCUCACAACUUGUUGGACAGGUGCCCCGAAAUGUUGGAGGAAAACGAGUGCGAGGAUAGGAUUGCUGGGUUAAAAGUCAGACCACUCAGGCCUUUUGUGCGGGUAGAGUACCACGGUGCUUGUGCUCAAACCGCGACCGCCAUCGGCUGUCACCCCACAUGGAACCAGACUCUGAAGAUCAACACUAAACUGUCUCCGCUCUCGUGUGUGCAUGUCAACAUUUAUGACCAGUACAAAACGUAUGUGCCGGACACUCUAUCAGCCGGGGACGCGGGUAAAACGGUUCGUUACAGAAUACACGACAGGUGGCUUGGAACUUUGGAAGUGCCCCUCUACGCCGUGUUGGCUAUGGGCUCGCUGCGAGGUACAUUCAGAAUAACAACGCCACCCGUGGUAUUCGGAUACGAACCUUUGGAAACAAAAGAGGUGUCGCUAAUGUCAACAUUAAGUCAACUAUUGAAAAAGGAAGUUUCCUUCAUCACUUUGAACAUUACGAGCAGUCUGUUUCAUUUGGGCGGUUCACAUGUCUACAAUCAACCAACGCCCAACAUGGACACCGAUCGUUUGAUCAAACAUUUGAACCAAUUCGUUACAGACUACAGUAACGAUUUCCCUUCACGUCACUUGUCACUGACACUAAUUAACAGUAUGGGUGUCAACAUUUGCAGCACGCAGUUUUUACGAAGCAUCCCUCUGCCAGAUCUAGAUUGUUUCCCUAAAAAUCCAAAGAAUUGCGAAUCAGCCGUUUCUAAGUCUUCAGGCCUAUCCCAAAGCUCUUCUAGGAGUAGCGGGAGAAAGAAGGAAGUAGAAGUUGAAGAGGGUUCUAUGUAUAGCGGGGCAGCCAGUUGGAGAAAUGUGAAUGAUGUCACAAAAUUAGUCUGUGUUUGUAUGAGAUUUGUGUCGCUCAUUCCAUGUUAUGACGUCACAGAAGCGCAUGCUAUCACACUGACGGGACCGGAACUGCUAAAGAUGCUAUACGGCACCCAACUUGACCACUCCAUCCUGUUGGCCAGUUAUUUUCUUCACUUAAACAUAAAAUAUUGGGUCGCGAUCGGCUUUGGACUCCCGAGAGGCUCGAGCAGCUACGUUUUAAUUCAAUAUGACGUAAAGACCAAAAGAAUAGUUCAGAGGGACGACGUUUUGAAAAGUGGAUUUUUUGUUAAGAACGAAUACGUUCUGUACGCGUGUGACGCCGCCUGCGGACACGCCUGGGACGUCAGAGACGACGCCUGUCCCAUGAAGACCGUCCAAUACGUCUUUGACGAUCGCAACAUAUGGGUCAACGUUCAGUCGUCUCAGGACUGUGAGAACGUGUCCUUUAAUUUUUUUAAAUCGUCCGACUGGCGACCGGUUUUUGACAAAAGCACAUUUCCAAUAACCUCACCCAGAGGGAACGACUCGGGCUUGUACACAGUGCCGCCCGACGUCGACAACAUCACUAAUAUUUUGGAAACGAAAAUCAAAGCAAAGGUGCAAAAGUGGAGAUCGCAUUCCAAGACCAUCUGGAACCGGUACUGUAGCAGUAUUCUACGCGACAUGUUGCCUCAUAUGGAGUAUUGGGCGCUCAAUCCCACUGACGACAAGCCGGGCCCGAGUCAAAAGCUCAGACAAUUCAUGCUCACUUACAAGGUUUUUGGUUUUCCUCUGAACAUGCCAUUCCUGAGUGUCAAAUCUGUGACAUCGAGAAUCAAAGCCACAGAACUGCACGCCAAUGACGACCCUCAUGUGGAAUUUGCUUUAGCAGUUGAAGUAUACGGCUACCCCAAUAACAUUCUAAGUGUUUGGGUAUAUUUCGUUAGCAUUACAAAAAUUUAAGGAAAUUGAAUGUUUCUCUGUGUCUAUGUCUUUCAAUUAAUAGAAAAAUAAAAAAUCGAAAUUCGAAUCUUCCUAUUUAUUUUAAUUUAUUGUUUAAAUAAUUGCAAAGCUAAUACAAAAAUAGUCUUUAUAUGAAUUUAAUUGGAGAGAAUUAUUUUUAAGUAUAAACUCUGCUUGAAGUCCAAGCAUAACAUGAGGGUUGACCAUUAUCGUUCAAAGUAAAAAAUGAGCAUUAUCAAAUAUAUUUUUUACAAAAUCGAUCAAUAAUUUUCAAAUCGUGAACAACACCGAAACGAAUCAAUUGAAAAAAUAAUAGAGCGUAUGUCUUUUCGUUUUAAUGCUAACAAAAAUUAAAUUAAUUAUUUAUUCCAUCAUAGUAUAAAAAUAUACGUAAAAAUAAAAUAAAAAUAA